AUGGCAGAAACAAUCGUCUCUGUUAUUGCUGAGAAACUCUUGGGUAAGCUAUUCUCCCUUGCUUCCAAUGAAAUGGGCUUUGCAUGGGGUGUUCGGAAAGAUGCACAAGAGCUUAUUGACACCUUAACCACUAUCAAAGCUGUUCUCUUAGAUGCUGAGGACAAGCAGAUCCAUAAUGAGAAGCUCAAAGUUUGGCUAGGAAAGCUUAAGGGGUUCUGCUACGAUGUCGAAGAUGUUUUAGACGAGAUUGAGGUGAAAGAUUUGCGUAACCAAGUGGUGAGUAGUCAAAGCAGUACAAAAAAGGUACGCCACUUUUUUUCAUCCUCAAAUCCAGUUGCUUUCCGUUUUACGUUCGGGCAUAAAAUCAAGAAGAUUAAAGAGAGGUUAGCAAAAAUAACAGCUGAUAAGGAUAAUUUUAAUCUCACUGAGAAAGUUGAUAGCAAUCAAGUUAUAGGUUGGGAGAGGGAGAGGGAAACUCACUCAUUUGUGCAUGCUUCAGAUGUUAUUGGUAGGGAUAAAGAUAAAGAGAAGAUUAUGAAACUACUAUUACGUCCAAGUGAUGGCCAUGAAAUUGUUUCCGUCAUUCCUAUUGUUGGCAUAGGAGGUCUAGGAAAAACCACACUUGCGAAAUUGGUGUAUAAUGAUAAAAUGGCAGACGAAUUUUUUAAGUUGAAAAUGUGGAUUUGUGUGUCAGAUGAGUUUGUUUUAAAAAAACUAUUAAUUGAAAUCAUCGAAUCUGCAACUGGGAAAAAAUAUGUUGACAAGAGCACUGACAAAUUGCAAAUAAUCCUACGUGAUAUCUUAAGCCAUGAAAAAUAUUUGCUAGUUUUGGAUGAUGUUUGGAAUGAAGAUUAUGGGUUGUGGUUUGAAUUAAAAAAUUUAUUGAUGGAAUGUGUUAGUGGAAGUAAAAUUAUCGUAACUACACGUAGUGAUCGUGUUGCCUCAAUUAUGGGCACUAUACCUACAUACAAGUUAGAAGGUCUUUCUCUUGAUGAUUGCUUGUUAGUGUUUGUUAAAUGUGCAUUUAAAGAAGGGCAAGAAAAGCAACAUCCCAACCUUGUGGAAAUUGGAAUAGAAAUUGUAAAAAAAUGUGGAGGUGUUCCAUUGGCAGUAAGAGCAUUAGGAAGUCUACUUUAUUCCUCAACUUCUGAACAAGAUUGGAAAAAUUUGAGGGAUAAUGAGAUUUGGAAGUUGGAUCAAAAUGAAAAUGACAUUUUAAAUGCUCUAAGAAUCAGUUAUAAUCAUCUGCCACCUCACUUGAAACAAUGUUUUCUUUAUUGUUCCAUUUUUCCAAAAGGCCAUCCUUUUUAUAGUGCUGAAUUGGUUUGGUUUUGGAUAGCCCAUGGGCUUCUUCAACCCCACAAUGAAAAUCAAGAUUUGGAAAAUAUUGGAUCGGAUAAGCAAGACAAUCAUGAUGAACUCAAUAGCACUUGGCCUCACCUUCGAUUUCUUCGUAUGAUAGAAUUACCACAAUUGGUGGAAUUCCCGCAAUGGCUUAUUCAGUGUUCCACUAACACUUUGGAAAGGUUGGAUAUUUUUAAUUGUUCCAACUUGAAGGCACUACCAGAGUCGAUGAAAAAACUUCAAGUUCUUAAUAUUAGGAAAUGUCCAGAAUUGUCAUCUUUACCCAAGGAUAUGGAUCGUCUCAUCUCUUUGAGAGAACUAGUAAUUGAAGACAGUCCUAAAUUGAGCGAAAGAUGUGAACCGAAGGCAGAUUCAAGGUUAGCAAUUAAGUGUGGUGGUAAACAGUUGAGAGUCGACAAUAUAGUGUUUGAAGCCAACGAUGGUGGAGCUUCUUUUAAUGUGUUAAAUCCUGAAAAAUGGGCACUUAGUAAUGUGGGCUUGUUUUCUGAGGGACAAUUUAACACACUUCCUCAAACUACCAGCUCAGAAGUGAUUAACACUACAACACCAGAUCUUUAUCAGACAUCAAGACAAUCCCCUGGGUCACUCAGAUAUUAUGGACUUGGUCUUGAGAAUGGGGUUUACUUGUUCUUCACUGAAAUAAUUUAUGAAGAUCAAACCUCAAGAAAAUGGUGGAGUCUUGGAAGACGUGUUUUUUAUGUGUAUAUUCAGGGAACUCGCCAAUUGAAGGAUUUUGACAUAACAAAGGAGGCAGCUAGUGUUAGAAGAGCAAUUCAAAGAAGCUUUGAUGCUAAUGUUAGCAGGAACUAUCUUGAAAUUCAACUAUUUUGGGCUGGAAAAGGGACCUGCUGCAUGCUUACUGGAGGUAACUAUGGGCCAUUAAUUUCAGCUCUUAGUGUCAUUCCAGAUUUCACUCCAACUGUUGGUAUUGCACGAAAGAAGAACCAGACUUGGCUGAUUGUUGGUAUUGCAGUGGCUCUUGGAAUUUUGGGCUUGAUACUUAUAUUUUUAAUUUUUUACAUGAGGAUAAAAAGAGACAAUGAUGUGUUACUUGGAAUAGGUCCUAAACCAAAAACUUUCAGUUAUGCUAAGUUGAGAUUUGCAACAAAAGACUUCAACCCCCCAAAUAAGCUAGGAGAGGGAGGAUUCAGACUUGUAAACGGUACGCUUUCUGAUGGAAGUGUGAUAGCUGUGAAGCAACUUUCACUAGGAUCCCACCAAGGGAAAAAUCAGUUUGUUUAUGAGAUUGCUACCAUAACUGCAGUACAACAUCACAAUCUUGUGAGAUUGUGUGGUCACUGCAUCGAGGGAACUAGGCUUCUCCUUGUUUAUGAGUACCUUGAAAACAAAAGCCUUGGUCAAGUAUUGUUUGGAAAAAGGGAUUUGCAUCUUGAUUGGCCUACACGGUUCAAUGUAUGAAUAAGAACUACAAGAGGUCUAGCAUAUAUUCACGAGGAUUCAAGGCCAAAGAUUGUACAUCGAGAUGUCAAAGCAAGUAAUAUUUUACUUGAUGCAAAACUCUGUCCCAAGAUAUCAGAUUUUGGAUUGGCAAAACUGUAUGAUGACACGAAAAAUCACAUCAGCACAAGAGUUGCAGGGACCAUUGGUUAUCUAGCACUGGAGUAUGCAAUGCAUGGACACCUGACAGAGAAGGUUGAAGUAUUCAGUUUUGGUAUUGUUGCUUUGGAGAUUAUCAAUGGAAGAGCAAACUCUGAUGCUAGCUUGGAUUGUAAAAAGAUUUAUCUUCUUGAAUGGGCCUGGAGUCCUCAUGAAAGUAACGAAAGUUUGGGGUUGAUAGAUCCCAAAUUAACAGAGUUCAAUGAAAUCGAAGCUCUUCAAGUAAUAGCAGUGGCUCUUUUGUGCACUCAGGCAUCACCAGCAUUACGACCAGCAAUGUCACACCUUCUUAGCAUGCUCGCUGGAGACAUAGAAGUGGGAACUGUUACUUCAAAGCCAAGUUAUUUGACUGAUUGGAAUCAAGUGAAUAAUACUGCUCCUUCUGCAAGUAUAAUCCAUGCAAAACUACUCAGCUUUUUUAUCUUGGCAGCAUUUUCAAAGUCGAAACUAUAGUAGAACUUAUACUAUUGUGAAGCUAUUGUUGUAUACUGACAAUAUUUGAUGAUGAAUUUGAAGAGCAUCGUGGUAGAUGUAAAGAUUGAAAAUUUCACUAUAUUUCUUGUUCUUGUAAUAUAUUAUCUGCAAUUAGCUUAUUUAGAUCUUCUGGAUAUGAGAAAA